GUGACACGGGUGUGGGAGGUUGACUGCUGGUCUCGGCUCUCUAUUUGACCCAAGGGGAGAGGUCAAAAAAAAAAAUGGAAAACUGAAUCGAGUAAGGCUCGGGUAGCUGUCUUGAAAUGGAGUGUUGGAUCUCUCAAGGAAUUGGGAAAUCGGCCGAAUCAUUCAUUGAAAUCAUCAAAGGUGUAAUGGAAGCGGUAUCGUCAGAAACUGUUGAAGUUGACACCACACGUAAUGUCCGCUUCCCAGAGUAUUAAGUCUCACUACAGUGAUAAGCAACAUCUCUAUGCUCCAUUCUUGGAAAGUGGUCAAACUUCGUGCUUUCCCCCACGAGUCAAAUUCAGUCCCUACAUUGCCUACAUCAUGGAGUUGAGACAGGAGGCCCAUGCACCUCCCACGAUCAACCAGGACCCAGAAGUAAGUCUCCUUCAAGGAUCUAAUAGCCAAGACUCCUACAGAUCACUUCAGAUAUUCGGGCUUGGGCACAUUCCUCCAUGUUGGCACCUAGCAAAUUGCAACUUAUAUUUCCUUCUCGUCUAUUGUUAGUAGCUCAUUACCACAAUGACUUCAGCUCGUGGAUUUUUGGAGCCCGCUACCCAGACCACUUGCCGAUACACUUUGAC